CUGGUAGAGUGCGGCGGGGGCGGAGGGUCGAGCCGCAAUGAACCUGCGCGGCUUGUUCCAGGAUUUCAACCCCAGCAAAUUUCUUAUUUAUGCCUGCCUGCUGCUUUUUUCCGUGUUGCUCUCUCUACGUCUGGAUGACAAAAUUCAAUGGAGUUACUGGGCUGUAUUUGCUCCAAUAUGGCUAUGGAAGUUAAUGGUGAUUGUUGGUGCCUCAGUGGGAACAGGAGUAUGGGCCCGAAACCCACAGUAUCGAGCAGAAGGAGAAACCUGUGUGGAGUUCAAAGCUAUGUUGAUUGCAGUAGGCAUCCACCUGCUACUGCUGAUGUUUGAAGUUCUGGUGUGUGACAGGAUCGAAAGAGGAACCCAUUUCUGGCUUCUGGUCUUCAUGCCAUUAUUCUUUGUAUCUCCCGUGUCAGUUGCAGCUUGUGUGUGGGGAUUCCGACAUGACAGGUCUCUGGAGCUGGAAAUCUUGUGUUCAGUCAAUAUUCUACAGUUCAUAUUUAUUGCACUCAGACUAGACGAGAUCAUCAGAUGGCCGUGGCUUGUUGUUUGUGUUCCACUGUGGAUCUUGAUGUCCUUUCUGUGUCUGGUAGUGCUCUAUUACAUCGUAUGGUCUGUUCUAUUCUUGCGCUCUAUGGAUGUGAUUGCUGAGCAAAGGAGGACACACAUAACGAUGGCUGUCAGCUGGAUGACAAUUGUAGUUCCACUGCUCACAUUUGAGAUCUUACUAGUACACAGACUGGAUGGGCAUAAUUCUUUUUCAUUUAUACCCAUAUUUGUUCCUCUCUGGCUUUCACUGAUAACUUUAAUGGCAACAACAUUUGGACAAAAAGGAGGAAAUCACUGGUGGUUUGGAAUUCGCAAAGACUUUUGCCAGUUCCUGCUUGAAAUUUUCCCAUUCUUACGAGAAUAUGGAAAUAUUUCUUACGAUCUUCAUCAUGAAGAUACUGAGGAAACAGAAGAAACACCGCUGCCCGAACCACCAAAAAUUGCACCGAUGUUUCGAAAAAAGACUGGAGUGGUCAUUACACAGAGUCCUGGAAAAUACGUGAUUCCACCUCCCAAGUUAAACAUUGAUAUGCCAGAUUAAGAUGCCAGUAGCAUAUUAAACUUGAACUGGGAAUCAGCAGACAAAUGUAUUUCAUCUCAUGCCUUGUCCCAAUUACUUUAAAAUAGAUAUUGCUGAAUCAGUGGCUUGGAUUACACAAAUCAGAGAUCUUGAAGAUAAUCUGAGAGCUUUUCCAGAGAUAAGUGGUGGUCUAAUUUGUGAACCUUCCUGACGGGUUGGUUGCCUGUAUAGUAUUUAUAUGAACAUUUUAGCAGUGUAAUAUAUUGUUUAAAAGUCUUGUCCUGUACAGUAUAAGUAUUAUCUAAAAGUAUUUUUUUAAAAACGCUGUAUGAAAUUCCUGUGCUGUUCCAGGUGUCUUUUAGGUCCUAAAUAUACACGUGAUUUCCA